GACCAGUGCUCUGUUGUUCAGUACAAAUUGAAGGGAUACCGCAUUGAGAACAAGUUAUAGAUAGAAUAUCAAUAAUCGGGUCCAAUAUACCCAAAACUACUGGUAGUAUUUCGGACGGAUGAAUGUAGAACAGCUUCGAGUUUCCGGAGGUUUGUUUUGAAGUAAACUAUGCUAGCAUUGCUAGCUAACUAGCCAGCGUCUUGUCGCCUCCUCUUCACAGGUUUCUGCUGUUGAGUCUGCCAGGCUUGUGCUAGAGGCAGCGAGGCCAGCAAAUUAAUGCCAUCAGCCAGGAACUCAGGUCAUAUUAUGAGCGGGGCCAGUUGCAAAGCUAACGGCGCCGUCUACCCUGCCUCAUCAGCAAUGAUGAACUCUGUAAAAAAGCCCAAGAUGGAGCAGAUUCAGGCCGACCAUGAGCUGUUCCUACAGGCCUUUGAAAAACCAACUCAGAUAUACAGAUUUCUACGCACAAGGAAUUUGAUUGCACCCAUAUUUUUGCACAGGACACUCACCUUCAUGUCUCACAGAAAUGGUCGAACAAAUGCCAGAAGGAAAACAUUCAAAGUGGAUGAUAUGUUGCAGACAGUGGUGAAGAUGAAGGGGGAGCAGGAUUCUCCAAGCUUGUCCUCACAUCUACAGUUAACAUUCACUGGGUUCUUCCAUAAGGAUGAAAAGCCAUCUCAGAAUUCAGAAAAUGAACAAAAUUCUGUGUCCUUAGAGGUGCUACUUGUCAAAGUCUGCCAUAAAAAACGCAAGGAUGUCAGCUGCCCGAUAAAGCAAGUGCCUACAGGUAAAAAGCAGGUGCCUUUGAAUCCCGACAGUAACCAAACCAAGCCCGGCUCCUACCCUUCCUUACUGGUUCCCAGCAAUGAAUUUGAGCCCAGCAACAGCCACAUGGUGAAGUCUUACUCGCUUCUGUUCAGGGUAUCACACACAGGGAGAAGGGAUGCCAGUGGUCUAGUGAAUGGAGAGGCCAAUGAAAACAUUGAUGUAACAGAUACUCCUAAUAGAAAGAAGCGAAGUUCAUCCCAUAGGGAUGAAGGACAGACCACAGAGACCUAUGUUGCACAGAUGACCGUCUUUGAUAAGAAUAGGAGACUGCAGCUGCUGGAUGGGGAGUAUGAGGUGUCAAUGCAAGGGAUGGACGACAGCCCUGUGAGCAAGAAGCGAGCCACAUGGGAAACCAUUCUUGAUGGGAAGAGACUGCCACCAUUUGAGACAUUUUCUCAGGGACCCACAUUGCAGUUCACGCUGCGUUGGACAGGUGAUGGCAGUGGAAAGUCCACUGCUCCUGUGGCUAAACCCCUCUCUACGCGCAACUCGGAUAGCUCCAGCCCUAUGGAGACCAGAACCAGCAACCACCGAACUGCCCUCAUGACAGUGAAAGAGUCAGUCAGCACAGACAUUCAGACGAAGAAAGAGCAGGUCCCAUGUGAGCCGCGACAGAAGCUACGUAUAUUUUAUCAGUUUCUGUACAACAAUAAUACGCGGCAGCAGACGGAGGCGAGAGAUGAUCUUCACUGUCCCUGGUGUACCCUGAACUGCAGCAAACUCUACAGUCUGCUCAAACACCUCAAACUCUCCCACUCCCGCUUUAUCUUCAACUAUGUGCCUCACCCUAAAGGAGCAAGGAUAGACGUUUCCAUCAACGAGUGCUAUGACGGCUCAUACGUUGGCAACCCUCAGGACAUCCACAGCCAGCCAGGUUUUGCUUUUAGCCGCAACGGCCCAGUCAAGAGGACCGCUGUGACUCACGUACUGGUUUCCAGGCCCAAAAGGACCAAACCAAGUCUUUCAGAGUUCCUGGAGUCUGAGGACGGAGAGUUGGAGCAGCAGAGGACCUAUGUCAGUGGACAUAACCGCCUUUAUUUCCACAGUGAUAGCUGCAUGCCCCUGCGGCCUCAGGAAAUGGAUGUAGACAGCGAGGAUGAAAGGGAUCCAGAGUGGCUCAGGGAGAAAACUGCCACGCAACUGGAUGAGUUCACGGACGUUAAUGAAGGAGAGAAGGAGGUGAUGAAGCUGUGGAACCUCCACGUCAUGAAGCAUGGCUUCAUUGCAGACAACCAGAUGAAUCAGGCCAUCAUGCUUUUCGUGGAGGACCGCGGCGCUCACAUCAUCCGGCGCAACCUCUGCCGCAACUUCCUCUUGCACCUAGUCAGCAUGCACGACUUCAACCUGGUAAGCACAUCCACCAUCGAUCGUGCGAUGGCCCGACUGCGGCAGAUACAAGAAGAGCUGCCGGAAGUUGAGGUGGACCAGCAGGAUCAGAAUCCAGCAGGAGCCUGUAAUGGAAAUGCCAUCACCCCAAGUGGGGGACAGCAGGGCAAGAGGACAAAAAGCGCUCUAACAGACUGAUGUAAAGCUGGCUGGAGGGAACUAUGAUUGUUGUAUUUUUCUGUAUUUUUCUUCCCCCCUCCCCUGCUCCCUUAAAUGGACUUUACCGACAUUUUGGUGCUUAGAUAGGUGGGAGAACUGAGCAGCAGAUGAACUGACUGGACACAGAUCAGUAUACAAGGUAAACAAGUUUUCGGAACUUGAACUGAACCAAAUAUGAACAAUAUAAAAGUGAAUUGCCCACUUCUACACAAACCAGGAAUUUGUGGACUGAAUGAUGCAAGUUGAACCUACUUAAUAUGCAUUUUGUAGGAGCCAUUGAAUUAUCCUUGUGUCACUGAGAGUAAACGAAUGGAGUGUCUUUUACUGUGGCACGACUGCCUUCGGUAUGAUAGACGGCUACAGUUAAAACUGUACUGGUAACAUUGUCACUGUUUAUUUGUACACGUACACAAUAACCUUGAUUAAAAAUGUAUCCUUUUUAGAUGGUUA